GGCGCCGCCGAGCUGCCGUUCCCCGCCGUCACCACCGUCUCCAGACUCCGCUCACUACCAAGGCCCUCUGACCCCUCCCGCUCUGCUUCCCCUCCCGCUCUGGACGUCUCCAACACCCACCGCGCCUCUGAUAUGUCGGGGAACUACCUGUUUUCCCUGACGCCCACCUUCACGCAGGGCCUCGUACUCGGACAGCUGUCAAUCCUUGUGCUGCUCAUAGUCAUUCUGAAGUACCUGUUCCUCGACUCGACGCAGUAUCCCUAUGAGACGACCUCGUACCAUCCGGGGGUGGAGCGGCAUACGAGGCAAGGGGGAAACACGCCUUUGGACCUGGGGGAACUGGACGGGGUGGAUGGGAAGGCGCCUAUUUCGGCAGAGUGGCUGAACUCGCUGGUGAAGCAGAUCUUGAACGUGUACCGGUCCAAGUUGAGGGAUGACUUGGAUGGUAUGGACGGGGACGAGAUCGCGCGAGCACGCGUGGAAGCGUACGCGAAUAGGGUAUUGCCCUCGAGUUUCCUGGACCAUGUCACUAUACACUCCGUGGACCUAGGCGUUCGUGCACCACGAUUCUCCAACCCGCGGGUACGACGCGACGCGGACGGGAUAAAUAUAACUGAAUUUGACGUUGAAUAUACCGACACGGUCUCCGUGUCUCUAGCAACCUCAUACCUUUUCAACUACCCUGCACCAUCAUUUGCACGACUACCGAUCGAGUUGACAGUCUCGCUUGCUGUCUUUAAGUCUACGAUAUCUAUAGCCCCACCAUCCCCCAAAGCACACGCCCCCGUCCUCACGCUCACGAUCCACCCAACAUUCACGCUCGACCUCAAGACAAACUCCCUCAUGGGCAGCCGCGCCAAACUCGCCAACGUCCCCAAGCUCCACGAGCUCAUCCAACACCAAGUCCGACGCGUUCUCGCGGCGCGCGCCACCUGGAACGUCGUCCUCCCCGGCCUGGGGCACACGGUGGCGGAGGUGAAGCAGGAGAUGCGGAAGGAGAUGCUUGCGGAUAAGUUAUGACGUGAUAUACCUAUAAGUACCCUAUAUAAUGUACAGUAAUGAGGUUCAUAACGUCCUGACGUGCAUCAAUGCCGUUCAUGUCCUUUGUCG